CGCAGCCAUCUUGUACUUCUAGCGAGGAGCGGACACAAAAAGAAAAAAGGAAAGGAAAAUUGAUUAGUCAAAUUUGAAGAAAAUAGGAAUGUCUUUAAAGUUUCUGUAACACCACAACGUUAGGAUACACCAGCUUGACAAAGGGGAGUAGAAAAAACUCAAAUUUACAUCCAAGUGCCUCGGACAUCUAGACUCUCAAGUCAUCUUUUGCCUGCUGUAGGAGAGAAGGAAGGAACAGACAAUUCGCCGACUGAAAAACACAUCCCCAACGUCAAAUCAUGAAUCCCGAAUAUGACUACCUUUUUAAGCUCCUGCUCAUCGGUGACUCUGGUGUCGGAAAAUCCUGCCUCCUGCUACGAUUUGCAGAUGACACCUACACAGAGAGCUACAUCAGCACCAUCGGGGUGGACUUCAAAAUCCGGACCAUUGAGCUGGAUGGCAAGACCAUCAAACUGCAGAUUUGGGACACGGCCGGCCAGGAGAGGUUCCGCACCAUCACCUCUAGUUACUACAGGGGCGCCCACGGCAUCAUCGUGGUGUACGACGUCACAGACCAGGAGUCAUACAACAACGUGAAGCAGUGGCUGCAGGAGAUCGAUCGCUACGCCAGCGAAAAUGUCAACAAGCUAUUGGUGGGCAACAAGUGUGACCUCACCACCAAGAAGGUGGUGGACUACACAACAGCCAAGGAGUUUGCUGACUCCCUGGCCAUCCCUUUCCUGGAGACGAGUGCCAAGAACGCCACCAACGUGGAGCAGGCCUUCAUGACCAUGGCCGCCGAGAUCAAGAAGCGCAUGGGUCCCGGCGCCACGGCCGGCGGCGACAAGCCCAACCUGAAGAUCGAGAGCACCCCCGUCCGACAGUCUGGAGGGGGCUGCUGUUAAAGGACCCUGCCUCCAGCAACCCUGGAACCCCCUCCCUCCCCCCCCCCCCCCCCUUCUCCCCACAACCAGUCCUGGGUGUAAAGUGGAGCCCCACUCCCCCCCCCCCUCACUCCUAUCUCUACUCACCCCCCACAAACACUCCUCCCUGUUCACUAGCCACCCAGCUGCAUAGAUGGAUAUCUGAACACACACCUUCACACCCCAUCCUCCUCUCCGAUCACUCGGAAAACCGACAUCCAGGCAGGGGCUAGCGGGAGGGACGAGUGGAUGGAUAGAGGGAGAAGUAGAGGAGGAAAUGGAGGGACUGGAGAAGGAUUGGAAAGAGAAAGAGCCAAGAUGGGGGUUGGGGUUUGCAGAGCAAAGAGGAUGAACCUACAGUAAAUAUGAGAUCAGUAGAGAGGAACAGGAUGAUGGGAGGUUUCGAUUCUGAUUCCGUCUCAACCUGUAACACACACAGACACACAUUUUUUUGCUGUCUCCCCUCCCCCCCUUCUAUUUCCUAUAGGCACUGUCUGCCAUUGCAGAAUCAAUGUCUUCACCAUCCAUAUAGCAACAACACCCAGCAUCUUAGAAAUAAUCCAGUUGGCUGUCUUCAUAUUGGACCUGGCUAUGCCGUGGAGAGAGGGAGGGAGAGAGAGAGAAUGAGUCACGUGUGUGUGUGUGAGUCACCAUUCACCGUUGUGAAUGCAGUAGUAACAAUUAUUUACUCUUCCGCUGUGGAAUAUGAACAGCCAACGCGGUGCGGUGCAGACAGUGGAGUUGUAAAGGCCUCACCAUGCCAGAUAGAGACAGGAGAACAGUGACUCACCACGGCCAUUAUUGAUGAGGGUGCAGGGAUGCCCACUUUCAGUCCUCCCCUUCCCCCUCUUCCCCACUCUCUCUUACACACACACAUUAUUUUAAGUGAAAUCAGCAUUAGAGACACACACAGCCGGUCUGUUUUUGGGGUCAGGGAAAGGCGAGAGUUAAGCUCAGAUCUCCUGGUAGCACAGGAGAUCUUCUGGUUGGACUUGGAAUCACUUCAACACUCCAUCCAUUCAUCCAUCUUGGAGCGAGGGGGGGGGUCACACUGGGAGAAGCCAAGAGGAAACCAGAACGGUGGUUUUAAGUGCUGUGAUAUAUGGUGUUGGCUUGUGUUUUUUUGUUGUUUUUUUUUUGUCUACAUCAGUUCAUAAGAUAGAGAUUUCACAUGUAAAAUGGAGAAAAAAACAACAAGAUUGUCUUUCUGUCCAGAAAUGACACUAUAUAUUACAGUAUGAUGGUUCUUCAAUAAACACACAUGCACACACACACACACAUCCACACUGAUAGGAGCAUGAUGUAGUUAUACUGUAGACACAGGGUGGGGUGGGGAGGUGAGGUGUUAGGCUGGGAAGCCAAUAUUCAACUAUGAAUUAACCAGACACACAAGAUAUUGGCAAUAUUCUGUGUUCAUCUUAAUAUACUUUUACAGUUUUAUUAUAAUUUUAUUUGAUAUUUUUAUUUCAUGUUGAUUUUGUUUUCUAAUCGAGAAAAAGCUUGUACAAAUUGCUUAAUGCUGUCCGAUUAUAAGUUGGGUUUGGGAUUUCAAUGUGUGGUCUGAACUAGGUUGAGGGUUAACCGGGGGUGAAAGCUACUGUUCCCUUCCUUCCCUUGCAAGAGUCCUCAUGACAUCUGUCCUCAGCAUUUAUUGACCCGUGAUCAUUCACAGUCACGGUGUUGAGACCCCCCCCCCCCCCCCCAGCUGUUGUCAUGUGUGUCCUGCAUUGCAGUACGUGUUUUAGAUCUCACUUCAGUCGGCAUGGUGGAUUAAGUGUGACAGAAGCGUGUGUGUCACGCUUCUGUCUUCAGAAGGGUGAGCUGUCUCAAUCAUAUUAGAUUAGUGGAUUAGAGCUCUUCAACUGUCAAGCUGUUGAAACAUAAUACAUUAGCUGCCGUUUUUGGAGUCUAGAGUGUGUUUUAUCUGUGUUAGUCCUGUCUAGGCCUCCUCGACCAUAGCUUCCCCCAGCCCAACCCUAGUCUUUGUGUUGUUUCUCCAUAGCUAUCCUAUGGAACCUGACAGGAAUGUGGUCGAAAACUCCUACCCCCUCGCCUCAUAGCAUGGGGUCAAUACACUACAGAGAAAAGACAAGCUACCCUAGCUUCUCUCUGCUCAAAUCUUCGGUUUUGCGUCUUGAAGGUCAAUGGCCCCAAUAGCUUUGGUUUUCGAGGUCGGUUUUGGUUUUACACAGUUUACAACAGAGGAGGUAAAGGCUAACUGAAGGAUGUUGUAGUCCAGAUGGUUUCGAGCCUCAGUCCGCAGGAGUGCACUUUGCUUGGCCUCUCUUAAUGUGGCUCGAAACCUGCUUGUUGCCUGUCUCCCUCCCUAUUGGCAUCGACAGCUUGGUUGGGGUUGGGCGUUUUGAGUGUGUGAUUGUAGUUCUGAACCUGUGUCUGUUCAUAUCUAUGUACAAGGGGGAGUCCCUCACCAGACCUGAGGUCUGCUCUAAGAGUCAGUUGGAAAGGCCUUCCGUUGAGUUGUGGUGUUCGGCUCUGAAGUAGGGCCAUCACUGCAGCUUCAUCGAGUUCCUCAAGGUGUUUUUUUUUGUUGUGGUGUACAGGGACUGACUGGUCACGGUUCCAAGACCGGAUAUGAACUCCCUUGCAUCCGCCUCCGGCCCAAACCGUCGCCCUAACUGUGAUGGAUCCACACAGUCUCCACUAACUGCUCCUCUCCGCUUAUACAGAAAAUCUCGUUCCGACUUUGGGAGUUGUUCCUGGUCCGGCUGUCGGGAGAUGACGCAGAACUUUUAUUUCAGCAGCUGUGCUUCAGGUGGUGAACGCCUCAGGCUCUGCCUGUGUGUGCGUGAGCAAAGUGCAACUUCAGCCUCCGAGACUGACCGUCCGAAGAAAACCGACGAAGGGUUGCUGCCCUCCCCAUGCGGCCGGACUCCAGUCUGCGGACACUCCCAGGGGUGUGAAGCCGCAAACGCACCGCCCGGUCCUGUGUGUGAGGGAACAAAUAAGUAUCGGAUGUGGAUGUAAAGGUGACGCUAGAUCUUGGUCGUCUGCGCUAUAUCCAUUGUGUGUUGUGGAAGUGUCCCCACAGAUGUAGUCCCAGCCUCGUCCCUUUGCAACCUUGUGACGGAAGACUGAAGGGGACUGGAAUUUCAAGUCGGUUAGGUGCGAUGAAUCCGGAUGUGUUUGGCCCAGAGUUCUCAGCUGACUGCUUGGGUAGGGGCGGGAACAGUAGUGGAGGGGGGGGGGGGUGUGUGUUUGCUGUAGGGGGGCGGGGUUAGAGUGUGUAACAUUCCUGGGCUUAUGAAUACAUGUCGGCUUUUCCGGCAUUCCCUCGGAUCUCACGUGAGUAAUGGCGAACGAAGCGGUUGUUUGGAACUGUCACACUAAGACACACAAACACUCACACUCGCUCAGACACACCGAGUGUAAGUUUUGCACCUGAGAGUGUGGAUCCCAUUCUGCAUUUAUUCUGAAUGUUCUUUCUGUUCAAGAAGUCUUGAUAUUCUACUGAUUUUAAUAUAUUCAUUGAACUAUACUGUGGUAAUAGUGUGUCUGGCCCAGCAGAGGACUUUGGGGCACGGAGGUUUUGUGGGUGGGACUUCAAAGGGGGGGGGGGGGGCUUUGGCAGGGACUUACUUAUGAAUGUGAUUAUGAUGAAACUGCUUGAGUCUGUUCUUUCUUUCCCCCUACUUUUAUUUCGUAUUCAUUUGGAGAAGAAAAGGAGGGGUGUGGGGGGGGGGGGGGGGUUUGUAUGUCAUUUGCACACGUGUAGCUGUCCCAUGGCUUAAUAAAGACACACACACUUACAGGCGUUUCUUAACACCGAGCUCCUGGCUGCUGAGCUCACCUGUCGUUCACCUGCUCUUUCUGUUCCUCGCUCGUCCAGAGAGGUGCUCCGUCUCACUGCUGAGUUUGGUCAUCUUGGGGUUGUUUUUUUUUCUGUACAUACUAUAAAUAUAUAUAUAAUAAAACAAAUAAAAAAUAUCAAUGUCAA